UCUCACCUCGUACUGCGUCCAUCAGGCCGGCUGACAGGAUGCUGCGCUGAGAGGCGUCUCACACUUCCCUGCAACAACAGGUUUUUAGAAGGAAAAAAAACAAAUUUGAAGAUGAGUGCAUUCAUCCAAUUGUUGAGAAAGAGAAAGGAGCUUAUCCCUUUGAUUGGGUUCACGAGUUGUGCUGGGUUAGGAGCCUGCUCGGCUGCGCUCUACUUUCUCUUCACUAAGAAUGAUGUCAUUUUGAAUAAGACCAAUAACCCAGAGCCAUGGGAGAGAGUGGACCCAUCAAAACCCCAAAAGUUCAUCACCAUCAAUCAGAAGUGGAGGCCGGUGGAGGAGCUGGAGAUGGUGAAGAAACUCACCAAGUAAAAGAAAAGGCAGACGUCUGCCAGGAGGAUCCACUGGUCUGCCAACAAGCCGACAUGCCCCCCCCCCACCCCCUCCCAUCAGUAGAACAGAAUCCUUUCUGCACAAACUAGGAUGCUUUGUCACUCAGUGUGCGGAAACGCUUCUGCUCCACUGGUGGGGGUUCACUGCUGCUGAGCCCGAGGACGCCCAAUCCACAGCAGCAGGAAAAGAUCGGAGCAGAUACUCAUACUGUCAUGAAGUCAAAGUGGAAUAAAGACACCAUCUCCCUGUGGGUUUCUGUGUUUUCUUCACAACUUGACGAUUCAUAUUGAAGAAUCUACGUUUCAUGUGUCGUCCGGUUGAUGAAUCACACAGAAACCACAGAUGUUAGAUUAGAUGUGACUCUAUUAUGGUGCGUAAAUAUGAAGAUGCAACAAGUUAAUGUGAGUAAAUAAUGUUCUGUACAGUGUCAAUAAAUUAUUGUCAACACGCAA